UGUAAAAUCAAUAAUAUAUGAAUCACAUUUGAGAAAAAUACUGAACAAAAUACAUUUAUAUAAAUAAGCUUUGUAGUUUUGUCUUGACUUUAAAAUGAUCAAAAUGAUGACGUGUUUUUAUAAAAAAAAAUUACUAAUAAUUGUUUUUCAAUCCACAGGAAACUGCAGGCGGAAGUGACUCAUACAAUAUAAAUACUAUCAGCAUAUCAGUUCAUCUGUGUCUCCAUAUGAGAAAAGGAAAAUGUCAUCCACCCAUGUGAUGUCCAACCUGACAGUGGAGUGGGUUGACAUUCUGAGGAGGUGGCACCUUCAAUAUUUUUUCAUCCCAACUGCCUUCGUCACCUUCAUCACCUUGCUAGUUGAUCCCCUCCUCCUGACGUGCAUCUUUCGGUCCCGUGCUCUCCGUCAGGAGACACGUUACCUGCUGGUGGCCAACACUCUAAUGGCAGACAUGCUCUUCCUCAUCCUUAACCUGGCCACCAUACUGUGCAAUGUUCUGACAGCACAGUUACCCUGGAUUGUGUGUGGACUGGUCACAGCUGUCACUGUCACUGCCUACUGCUGUGCCAUCCUCACUGUCACCCUGAUGGUGGUGGACACCUACACCGCUGUCCGCUGGCCCCUCCAUUACCAUGAUCUCCUUCCUCCUGCCCGUACCCACUGUAUACUGGCAGGAGUGUGGCUGCUGGCAGCUUUGUACCCUUUUACCCUGGUGAUAAUGAUGAAGCAGAGGGACAGUUUCAACGAGACGCUACCGGUUUGCCUGGCCCUGGUCUCCCUCGGCCUCAUUCAAAUUGAGAUAGUUGGGAUCCACAUCUACUUCUUUGUUGCCGCGAUGAUUUGCGCCAUGCUUAUUUUUUACUGCUACAUUCGACUCUACAUGGUGACAAGGACUCAGGGCAUCUGGCAGAACCGCUUCUCCAGAGCCCGGGUUACCCUGCUGGCACACGGGCUUCUGCUUCUGCUAUACUUUGCCCCCGGCUUUGUUUUCACCCUGGAGCUCUCUCUGCUCCAGAGAAAUGACAUAAGUCAAGAUGUUCAAGUGUGGAUCAGCACAGUAAAUAUGUGUGUUUUAAUGUUGCUGCCCAGAGCCUUCGCUCCAUACCUCUAUGGACUGAGGUACAGGGAAAUAUCUGAAACUGUCAUGCAGCUGCUGUAUCGAAACAGCAGGUCUGGACAGUCCACCGUAUCAUGAAUGUUUCACCAGAAAUGUCAGUAAAAAUUAAUUCUCUGUGUCAUUACUUUAACUGCAGGUAUUUAAUGGAUGGUACAAAAAGCUGCUCAAAACAAAAAAAAAACAAACUCUGAUCACAAAGAUCUCUAACACUGCCUUCGUCCAAUGACUUCUAGAAUUGGCUCCAAUGCCCCCUUGGCCCUGGGGGAUUAGGAAGGAGAGGAUGAGUGGAUGGAGUGGGAUAACAAAAACAAAAGUAACCCAAUCAUUGAAACCUUUCUGGGAUAUGGCUUGUUAUCAAAAUUAUUUGUGAAAUAAUCAUUUUCAGUUGCUUCUACGCUAAUGGGUUACCACAAUAAAUCCUCCUCAUGUUAGAAGUGUUUACUAUUAAAAACCUCUAUAUUUAACACAUUAGCACACAGCUGGAAUCACACCUUCACUUUUGCAGAUGAAAAACAAAUCCCUAUCAGGCAAAUUCUGGUCUUUCAUAUUAGUUUUCUAGCAGUAAGAAAAAGCAGACAACAUGUAAAGGAGUGACGCUAACAU